GAUUAGUUAGUCAUGUUCAAUUGAAAUGCAAGGAAUAAAGAAAGAUUAGAUGGCUGCAACCUGUUGGGCAGAAGUGGUACAACACAGUACUGCCAACUAAAAGAUUGAGUGGUCACACAUGAUCAUGAUUCUUGUUGCUUCCCUGAUGAACUACUCCUUUUUUCUAUAAUUAACAGUUGUUUGCUUCUUAUAUAAGUAGAAGUAUUCAUAGGGCUAAAAACUCGACUCAGUCUCCUCGUUUCCCAGUUAACUUCUUCUUUGAAGAGAACAUCAAAAAUGGCAGACCACGGUUUCCAUGCCAGAUCAAACAGCAUGCCUACAAGAUCCCACCCCAUGAUAGCCACAGCAGAGGAAGACCUGAACAAGCUAAUAGCUUGUGUCAUGGUGUCACCAAAGAUGAUCUGCAAAUCAUUGAGCAGUCUUGGUGCUUUCUAUGACUGCACUGAAGAGCUCCUUCACUUGCCUAGCAACCAACAGGCCUUCUCUCAUUCACAGGAGAAGAAAUGGGUGGAAGAGGAGUUAGAUGCUUCUCUAAGGUUGGUGGAACUCUGUGGCAUCAUUAGAGAUACCUUGGCUGCAACAAAAGAGCAUGGUCAAGAACUUGAGAUGGUUCUAAGAAGGAAGAGAAGCAUGAUCAAUGAAAGCAAACAUCAAUUUCACAUUCAGUCAGAAAAGAAGACAAGAAAGAGUAUCAAGAACUGUGUAAAAGCAUUGAAGCAGAUGGAUGGGAAGGACUCUGAUAGAUCAACAGUUUCUAAGAUGUUUACUGAAGCUAGAGAAGUCACUAUUUCUCUCUUGCAAUCAGUUGCAUCUUCUUUACCUCCAAGCUCCACACAGAAAAAGAGCAGAUGGUCUAUUGUUUCAAAGGCAUUGAACAAACACAAGGUGACAUGCGAAAAGUUUGAAGAUUCAAAUUGUGGCAAUUUCUCAUUCAAUUCAAUAUAUGAGUGUGUUUCAUGCAAAGAUGUUGAUGCCUUGAGAGUGGUGAAGGCACAAGAUCAAUUGGCAGAAAUUAUGACCAGUUUAGAAGGGCUUGAGAUGGAAUUAGAGUCCCUCUACAGGAGACUAAUCAGAAACAGAGUUUCAUUUCUUAACCUCCUUAGCCAUUAGAUCUUUGUGCCUAAACCAUACAUUGUAACUGGCAUCCACAUUUUAAAGGAAAUUGCUGGUCAUCUUUUGUACAUCAUGUUUUCUGUGUAGGACUUGAAAUAUAUACAUGAAUUUUCUUCAACCAAGUAUC